AGCAGCUCGCGCACGCCCAGCAAACGCAUCCUCACCGAGCUCUCAGCCUACGCUUCAUCGCCCUCCCCACUAAUCCCGGCUCUCGCGCCCCUCUCUUCCUCCAACAUAUUCACCCUCCGCGCGAUCCUCAGCGGGUCCUCCUUGCCCCCCAGUAGCGGUUAUCAUUCCGGUCGGUGGCUCGUGAGCAUUAUCCUCCCGCCAAACUACCCUGUGGGCGCGCCGAAAAUCACUUUCUUGACGAAAGUAUGUCAUGCGAAUAUAGUGUGGAAGACGGGGGAGGUGUGUCUGGAUGUGCUGGGCGAGAGAUGGACACCGAUUCUCGGGAUCGUGGGCGCGCUGGAGGCGGUGGUUAGGUUGUUGGGGGAGCCGGGCACGGAUAGUCCGUUGAAUGUGGAUGUGGCGGCGUUGGUUAGGGGGGGGGAUUGGCUUGGGGCGAGAGCGCUGGUGGGGUUUUAUUGUAAUGAGGAGAGGUAUGAGGGA